UGCCACUCGUAAGCGACAUUUAGUCUUUUAACGUUUUGUUUUUCAUGUCUUUGUGUGCACUUUAGGUAACCACUGAGAUACAAUCCGUAUUUUUUCGGUGUUUACUACUGAGCAGCGUUCAUUCCCAUUUUUCCGACAGCACCUUAACGCAGCAGCAGGAGCUCAUCUGUUGGAUAGGGAAACUAACCAGGAGCCAAGUAAAGACUUUUCAGUAUUGCUAGCUACCAGGCUAGCGAGGUUUUAAAGUCAGCCGUCCACACGACAAAGGAGUACGGACUUUGUUUGAGAAGUACAGCGUCUCCUCUGUACAAGAAACAACAUUCGAGCAAUGUUAUAGCAGCAUAAUUUUGUUGUUGAGCUGAAAGUACAAGGCAGACAGCCGCUGGCCAGCUGAAGCUUGCGGCUAGCUCAUUAGCUGGGAGAGAAGUGCAAGUGGAGGCAAGAAAAUGGAGCUGGACGACGUAGUCCUGUAUCAGGACGACUCGGGCAACUCUGCCAUGAUGUCCGAGCGGGUCUCAGGUCUGGCCAGCUCCAUUUACCGAGAGUUUGAGCGACUCAUCGAGAAAUACGACGAGGACGUAGUGAAGGAGCUGAUGCCGCUGGUCGUCGCAGUGCUGGAGAACUUGGACUCGGUGUUCGCUGUCAACCAGGAGCACGAAGUGGAGCUGGAGCUGCUGAAGGAGGACAACGAGCAACUAGUUACCCAGUACGAGAGAGAGAAGGCGCUGAGAAAACACGUAGAGGAGAGGUACAUCGUCUUUGAAGAUUCUCAGGAAGGCGAGAAGAAAGACCUCCAGUGUCGACUGGUGACGCUGGAGUCUCAUACACGACAACUGGAGCUAAAAACGAAAAACUAUGCAGACCAGAUUAGCAGAUUGGAGGAGAGAGAAGCAGAGCUCAAGAAGGAGUACAAUGCUCUUCAUCAGAGACACACUGAGAUGAUCCACAGCUACAUGGAGCACCUGGAGCGGACGAAACACCAGCAUGCCAUGAUGACAGCAGAGUCCUCAGAUACAGGCACACCAGCCAGAACACGGAAAGAGCGCCCCAUUUCCAUGGGCAUUUUCCAACUUCCUGGGACUGAUGGUGUGACCCCUGACGUCCGGAGAGGACCUGUGGACACCCCAUCUGAACCAUGGAGAUUCAAUAACCUUAGCCAUCCAUGCUCCAACACCAGCCUCAAGUUGGAGGAACUAUUUUCCCCAAUCAGAAUGAAAAGUGAGAGUUCACAAGAGAAUAUUCCCCAUCAGGAGGCUGAUCAGGACCAGGAUGAAUUAGCUCAUGUGAACCGCGGAAGCCCAAAAUCCAGCAGCACGCCGACCAACCAGGGAAGUAUCUCCAAAAGUGGAACUCCCGCGUCUUUACAAGAUGGAGGGUCCAAAUCCAACACUUCCAUGUCCUCUCAGGGUGGUACCUCUAAAUCAAACACACCCACGUCUGCACACAGCCGUAAUUCUCAGUCCACAACACCACUCUAUCCUCAUGACGGAGGGUCCACUGGCAUGAGUGCAGUGUCCAGUCUCACGGCAGGGUCUGCCUCUGCCAUGGCACUGUCUAGUGAUGUUGCCAUGGCGUCUGUGGACACACCUGUACAGGAGCAGGAUGGGCUCAACAAGAACCUGGACCGCAACAGUGGAAAACCUGAGAGCAGUAAGAACAUCACAGCAGUGCAGGGAGGACAGCGGGGGCAGCUCGGUGAUGACAGGCUGGAGUUUGCUACCACACCUCUCCAAAGUGAUGAUGGAACAGACAACCUGGAGAAGUCAGAGGUGCAGGCGAUCAUAGAGUCCACUCCUGAACUGGACAUGGACCUUGCUGGCUGCAGAGGAACAAGUACUCCAACUAAAGGUGGCAUAGAGAAUCUAGCAUUCGACCGUAACACUGAGUCUCUGUUUGAGGAGCUGUCGUCUGCAGGAAACGACCUCAUAGGAGACGUUGACGAAGGAGCUGACCUGCUGGGUAUGGGUCGAGAAGUUGAACACCUUAUCCAUGAGAACACCCAGCUGCUGGAGACCAAAAAUGCUUUGAAUGUGGUGAAGAAUGACCUGAUAGCACAAGUAGACGAACUGUCAUGUGAGAAGGAGGUUCUCCGAGGAGAGCUGGAUGCUGUCACUCUGGCCAAGACCAAACUGGAGGAGAAGAACAAAGACCUGGAAGAAGAACUCAAGAAAGUUCGAGCAGAACUGGAAGAUACCAAACAGAAGGUCAAGAAUGACAAUGAAGAUGAUAGUGAUGUACCUACAGCACAAAGGAAGCGCUUCACCAGGGUAGAGAUGGCCAGAGUUCUGAUGGAGAGGAACCAAUAUAAGGAGAGGCUGAUGGAGCUGCAGGAGGCUGUCAGGUGGACAGAGAUGAUCCGGGCUUCAAAGGAGAACCCAGUUCUUCCAGAGAAGAAGAAAUCCAGUCUCUGGCAAUUGAGUUUCAGCCGUUUGUUUAGCUCGUCGGGCGGAGCAGCCAAGAAGCCGGCGGUGGAGGCGCCAGUGAACGUCAAGUACAACGCUCCCACCUCUCAGAUUCAGCCGUCCGUCAAGAAGAAGAGUAGCACCCUGCAGCAGCUGCCCAGUGACAAGAGCAAAGCCUUCGACUUCCUCAAUGAGGAAGCUGCAGCUGAUAAUGUGGUGUCCAGGCGAGAACAGAAGAGGGCUCAGUACCAGCAGGUCAAAGCCCACGUCCAGAAGGAGGACGGCAGAGUGCAGGCAUACGGCUGGAGCCUGCCUAAGAAAUUCAAAGCCAAUGGUGGUCAAACAGAAAGCAAGAUGAAGAAUCUACCUGUUCCUGUCUUUCUUAGACCACUGGAUGAGAAAGAUGCUUCUAUGAAGCUGUGGUGUGCUGCUGGCGUGAACCUCUCUGGAGGUAAAACCAGAGACGGGGGUUCGAUUGUGGGAGCCAGUGUGUUUUACAGUGAUGUGCCAGGACCAGAGAGCCCUAAAAAGAAGAUAGGAUCUCAGAGCAGCCUGGAUAAACUGGAUCAGGAACUCAAGGAGCAGCAGAAGGAGCUGCGGCACCAGGAUGAGAUGUCGUCACUGGUUUGGAUUUGCACCAGCACCCAAUCUACCACUAAAGCUGUUGUCAUUGACGCCAAUCAGCCCGGAAACAUCCUGGAGAGCUUCUUUGUUUGUAAUUCCCACGUGCUCUGCAUUGCUAGCGUACCGGGUGCAAGAGAAACGGACUACCCAGCUGGAGAAGAAGUACCUACAAACUCUGAUGCAGGACCAGUGGGAGAUGGCAACUCGUCAGCAACCAAUAGCAGCUCAGCGGGUGGCGACAGCGUGCUUGGAGGCAUCACUGUGGUGGGCUGUGAAGCGGAGGGAGCGACAGCUGUUCCUCAGACUGCAGGCCCUCCUGGAAAACAUGGAGAAACUGAAUCCAAACCAGCAGAGGAAGCCACAGAGGCAACAGAGAGCAGUGCAGGAGUCGCAGACCAGCGAGAAAGCCUGAGAGGAGUCUACACUGAACAUGUGUUCACUGAUCCACUAGGAGCUCAGCAGACAGCAGAGACUCCAGCCAACUAUUCUCAGAGGGAGAGUGAUCUGCUGAAAGAUGGCGUGAGUUCAAAUCCCAAUGCAGAGGAGCAGGACCUGAUGAGAGAAGAGGCUCAGAAAAUGAGCAGUGUUCUCCCCACUAUGUGGCUGGGAGCACAGAACGGAUGUGUGUACGUCCACUCCUCUGUGGCUCAGUGGAAGAAGUGUCUCCAUUCUAUAAAGCUGAAGGACUCCGUGCUCGGCAUAGUACAUGUGAAAGGGCGAGUGCUGGUUGGUCUCUCUGAUGGCACAUUAGCCAUUUUCCACAGAGGAGUAGAUGGACAGUGGGACCUGACCAACUACCAUUUGUUAGACUUGGGGAGGCCUCAUCACUCCAUCCGCUGCAUGACUGUAGUGCAUGACAAGGUGUGGUGUGGCUACAGGAACAAGAUCUAUGUGGUGCAGCCCAAAGCCAUGAAGAUUGAGAAAUCCUUUGACGCCCACCCUCGUAAGGAUAGUCAGGUACGUCAGCUGGCCUGGGACGGUGAUGGUAUCUGGGUGUCCAUCAGACUUGACUCUACUCUCAGGCUGUUCCACGCUCACACCUACCAGCACCUCCAGGACGUCGACAUUGAGCCAUACGUCAGCAAGAUGCUGGGUACGGGCAAACUGGGAUUCUCAUUUGUGAGGAUCACAGCUCUCAUGGUGUCAUGUAAUCGUCUGUGGAUCGGGACUGGUAACGGAGUCAUCAUCUCCAUCCCUCUGACAGAGACCAACAAGGCGACCAAGGCAGGAAGUAACCAUCCUGGAAGUGCGGUUCGUGUCUACGGGGACGACAGUGGCGACAAAGUGACAGCCGGGACAUUCGUUCCCUACUGCUCCAUGGCUCACGCUCAGCUCUGUUUCCACGGUCACCGGGAUGCUGUCAAGUUCUUCACAGCUGUUCCAGGUCAUGCAGUUCCAUCUGCAUCCUGCGGAGGAGAGGCAGCAGGUGACAAGGCGACAGAUGCCACAGCUCAGGAAGGAAACAAGUCCAUGCUGGUGAUGAGCGGAGGGGAAGGCUACAUUGACUUCAGAAUGGGUGAUGAGGAUGGCGAGGUGGAGGAUGCAGAGAGGCCUCCCAUGAAACUGCAGCCCUUCCUGGCUAAAGCUGAGCGCAGCCACCUCAUCGUCUGGCAGGUCCUUUGCAACGAGGACUGAACUCUGACCCCUGAGGCCUGAUUUGCCUUUUCUCUCAAACUACUGCCACAGAUGGAGAGUUGAGGUGGGCAACUCGCCUCUGCAGGCACGAGUUUAAUCAGCACUUUGUUUUCUUCCUCAGUUCUGAACAAUAAGAGUGAAACAAGCAAAAACUGCUCUAAGAGCUUUUUCUCACUGAUAACUUGGAUGCAUGUUUUAUUAUUAUUUGUCUUCUUUUUGUUUUGUUUGUUUGUUUUUUAUUUUAUGGAUUUGAAUUACAAUCUGUUGUACUGCCUCCUUCUCUUGUAAUAUUAUUUGAGGUGAGCUGUCAUUGAGUACAGAGCCUUUACUUUGUGUUUGUUAUAUUUGCUCAGCAAAUACAUGUCAUUUUCUUUCUGACAUUGUCCAAGUUCCCUCCACUCAAUCCAGUUACUUUGUGCUCAUGCUGGGCUCGGUUGAUGCUAAAUCAGUUGUUCCCCUGUUGCCCUUUAAUAAUGUAAGAUGGGCAGUCUUGUGUGGGAGCCAGUCAUGUGGGAAUCUUGGAUCAAUUUCAAAUUGUAUUUCAUGCUGAUUUUUGUUUUUUCAUCCUUUGAGAACUUCGCUUUUGAAAAGUCAAGCAAUGUUAUUGAUCUCCAGUUAUCUUUGAGCCAAAUGCAAUAAGUCACAUAUUCAUCUAGUUAGCAUUUGUUCAAGAAGACAGUUUCUCUAAAUAUUCAAUAUGUAGGAUUGGUAGCACAGCUUGUGCCUUGUUUAUUACUAUUACAGUCAAGUCACGGAUCUGCACACGCAAUUUUUCUUAAAAGUAGAACACCCAGCAAAUCACUUUUGUCAAAGUACAUCUACAAUCAAAAAUAUAUCCCGUCAACUUCAUAAAAAAUAAGAUUUUAAUGUAGUUUUUCCUAAUGAACAAAAGUUCUAUUUCAUACAAAACUACAUGUUUUUUUAACAUAGAUAUGUAAUUUCUAGCUGCCCAAAUCAACAAAUACAGUUGAAAAAAAGGUUUGUUUUCAUUUAUCUUGAAGCGGAUGAAAUAUUUUUUGGUCAAGUUGGAUCAGAGAGUCUUUAGAAAUACAUUCAUGUCAACAGUCAACUGUUGACAAAAGAACCCUUCAUAAAUGUGGGAUGGAUUGCCAUGAAAAUCUGGACAGAUGGUCUUAGACCCCAGAAAAGGAAUCCUGACAUUUUCUUUAGAGCCACAAAUAGGUCCGGGAUUUUACUUAUCUUGUAAAUAUCUCCUACAUAGAUUGGCAGAGAAUAUUGUACAGAUGUUUAUGAUCCCUAGUGGAUGAGUCACCAUAAGGUUAGCAUUUUAGUUCUUUAUUAAAUAUCUCAACAACCCUUGGGUAGUUUGCUGUGAAGGAUGAGUUGUAAUAACUUUGAUCAGAAUGAGGUAUGCUGCUUUAUUGACAAAUACCUGUGAAACAAAUCAUAUUGCCAUCAACCGCAGCUUUACUUUGUGUUUAGUAUCAAUUAGCCACAGUUAGCAUGCUAACUUAUGGUGAACAGUCUGCCUGCUAAACAUCAGCAUUGACACUGAUAUUAAUCCUAAUGUAAUUUACAUUGUAGCAUUUGUUUAAAAAAAAAAAAACAAAACAGCAGAACUUGGAAAAAAAAGUUCAAGAUUUUUGAAUCACUGAAGAACUACCAAAAAAAAAGCUUCUAAUAUGAGUCCUCAUGAUGUACCUCUACAUGGUGGUCGUGUCUGCAUAAGUAAUGAAAAUAAUUAGCUAUGUGGCCUACAGUGAUUUGCUACACAGAGAAACUGUGUGAGUCAUGGUCUCAGUCUGGACACCCUAUAAAAAUUGUCUGGCCUUGUCACUGAGCAUCACAGAACUGCUAGCAUGAAAGAAUCAGAUGCUUUGCUCUGUAAAUUGAAUGUAAUGGUAAUGCACAAGAGGCACAAACUGAAGCUGGAGUAGAGGCACUGCAACUCUCACCUUUUUAAUUCCAGAACUCCAUUCACAAAACCCUUAAUUCUGAAAUGAAGAGCAGCAGCAGCUGUAUCCACACUCUCAGUCCUCCCUCCUUCAUCCCUUUAACUUUAGAGACCUGUGUUUAAUCCAUGAAAGAAGAUGUUACUGGUCCUCUGCUCUCCAUGGAGCCACCAGCUCCGCUCAGUCGCCACUUUAAGACUUGCCUUAGGUAUGAAGGUUUGAAAGGAUGGAGUGACAAAGUAUUUAUUUUUCUGAAAGAAUGUUCCAUUUGCUACCAAAGGUUAAAGAAUUCUGGAUGGAUAGUUCGCCACAUGCUGACACAGUAAUAGUGUCUCGUCUAGUAUGGCACCUUUCAGUGGCGUGUUUGCCUCCAUGUAGAUAACGUGCAGGUUUUUCUAACAGAAAUCCUAGUGUAUAGAUAAGAUAUAUUUUUAGACUUUCAUAUUUGGAAAUUGAAAUAUUUUCAGGGUGUGAGAGAAGAGAAUGUCCUGGACCUGUUACUAAGAGAGGAGAGAACAAGCAGCCGCACUGAGGAUUACAUCCCCCUCCCUCUCUAAUCCUUAUCUUGACAUUCAGAGGUCAAAACUCGAACACUGACAUGUUUGGUUUUGCAGCGCUGCUCUGCCCCCUUUGUACUAGACUAUGAUGAUUAUUUGAGAUCCCCUCCUGAUUUUAAGCCCAUAAACUGAGAAAAUGUUUGAAGUCUAUUUUUAUGAACUUUAAUGUCUGUCUUUAGAUUGUCCUCUGACUUUUUUGCAUCAGAUGUUCUUUUGGGUGUAACUGAGACUGUAUUUCUGGUCUGUGUGUUCCAGUACACUGCACUCAUGUUUUUUUUGUUUUGUCCUCUUUGUAUUGAACAGCAUCAGAGGAGGCCUGUCCUCGUCAUGCAAGUGUGUGUGUGUGUGUGUGUGUGUGUGUGUGUGUGUGUGUGUGUGUGUGUGUGUGUGUGUGUGUGUGUGUGGGUGUGUGUCUUCUCUCCAGGAGAGAAGAGAAUAUUAUUGCAGUUUAGCCAUUUCAGUAUUUAUUUACAAUGAUUGAGCCUUUGCAAUUCAGAAUGUAUCUUUGUACAUUGAAUAUGAAUAUAUAUGAUUAUAUAUGUAUGAAACCUGAACAUGACUUGGGUUUAUUGUUUGGACAACAGUUGCUGCUGUUGGAUUGAUGAAUUUGUUUUGCAGAGGGUGACUUUGCUCAGCUAUGCAGUGUGUCUCUGAGGGGACAGCAGUGAUUGUGGGGUUUUUAAAGUGCAGCCUGUCCACACACAUAAUCAGUUAUCUCCUCCAGCAUGGGAAAUCAAGUCAAACUGAACUCCAGGCAGUGACUGGGCAGCUCCAUCCCAUCACAGCACGACAGAGGAAACCUUCUCCUCCGCACGUCUGUAUCGUCCCUCUCAUCUGCACAUGCUUUUCAUUAACUUGGCAGGGGCUCCAUUUCUUCCAGGUUUGCAGUACAUACACCAUCUUGUACUUCUGCAGCAUCUCUAGCCUUACUUAUUUUUAACAAUCGAUUAAAGCGACUUGUGGGAA